UCCUGUAAUAAAUUGGCGAUAACGUGAUAAUAUACCGUACUGUACGCUUUGAAAUGGCCUCCAAUGGAAAAAGACGUCACUCUGAUGAAGAGGAUACGCCUCAAAAAAAGGGAAGGACUAAAUCAAAAAACUACCAAAGUGUAUAUGUUCCAUUUAAAAGUAUGCACAGCAGUUAUAAUUGCCCACCUGAUGUCAUAAACAAAAGUUCAGUUGCCUCAACAAGUACAGCUUUUCACGUAAAUAAUUCUGGAAAUGUUGACGGAACUAGAAAGAAAGAAACAUAUUUUAUACCACACGAUGUGUACAAAACAGGCUACUUAGUCACUAACCCUGUAUUAUGUAUUCAUAACGUAAUCGAAAAUUUAAAAAAAACCCAAGAAGAAGCAAAAUUGCCUACAUCUUCACCGAAAAAACUUGACAUUUUGACUACAUCUUCCUAUAAAUCGGCUACUCCUUCGACUUCUAAACAAUAUGAUGAUUUUUCAUGCCCAGGGCCAACAAAGAAUGGUGGUGAUAAAAAAGUUUCGGACCUAAAGAAACUACUAACAAAACCACCUCAUUACGGCCGAUUAGAUGCACUUCUUCAAAAGAAACAAAAAAUUAUGAUAGAUAACGACAACGAGCAUAGCAUUACUAAAGAAGUUAACUCUAGAGAAAAGAAUAAUAUGACAGCAGAAGGCAGACCGGAGAAACCACCUGAAAAUGUUACAAAGACAAUUAAUGUUAUGAUUAAGCAAUCAACAAAACUACUUCAAACAGUUACUAAGAGGAAUGACAAGGCACAAAAACAAAACGAUUAUGUAAGUGCUGUCCUACACAAUAAAGAACUUGAAAUGAUUCCUAUAUUAAAUUGUAGUAAUCAAAACACCCAGCAACAUGUUGAACUAAAAAUAGAGACGAUUAAAAACCGCAAUACUUUAGAAGCAGACGAGGAAAACGAUCAAUCCGCUGAGGAAAAAAUAACUGUUAAUGACUCACAGUCGCAACUAAAUGUAGGUAUUGAAACAAAUCAAAUUGAACUGAAAACCGAACUCCUAAAAGACGACGAAAAUCAGGAAUAUCAUCCUGCAUAUAAGAAAUUUAUUGAUACAUGUCUUAAAACUGAAAAUUCGGAGGAUAUGGAAAAGAUUAUUAGGAUAAAAAUUAAAAAAUAUUACAGACAAUGUUCAAGAGAAUAUGUGGAAUCUCCAAAAUUUAUUGAAAUGGUCUUAUCUGCGAUAGCAUCAAUAGAGGCAGAACCGAAACACUUGUAUAAGCAUAUCAAAAAAGUUGUGGAUGAACUAGAUACAGAGAGGAUGUUAGCAAGGUCGCAGCAGACGAUGAAUAAAAAUGCUGCUUCAGAUAGCGAAACGAAGAAGUCAAAAAAGAUAAGGGAGCUGCAGAAAAUGUUAACCACAUUACACACGAACAUACAGGCGUUUGAACAGCAGGAAGUUGAUUUAGACGACGAAGAAAGUUCCACGUUCUUAUUAGCAGAGAGACUUAAAUCAAGAUUCGUCAAGGUCCACAAAAUGUUUUGUAAGUUGACUAAUGCGAAGUUGAAGACGGAGCCACGGAUAACGAUAGAACCUAGGGAGGGCGUACCCAAGGGGCCUACUAAAAGGCUACAGAUGCUCAUCAACAAGAGGGUUCCGUACGGGGCGCCUUUCCCUUUCCCUGACUACCACGACGUGUUGAACUGCGUCCGACAGGCCAACGACGAGGAUGGGCUGGGCUGGUCGAAUUCGGAAAUUGAAGCGGAAGCAAAAUAUUUGUUUGAAGAAUUCGGUUCUAAGCUCAAAACAAGAAGACAACUGCGGGAUCGCGAGAUCACAAUCGUGUCUAGAAUCACACCGGACUGCUUGGACCCAGCCGAGCUCGAUGAAACAUUAAGAUUUAAGCUACACCUAAACGACAUAACUGCUGGUAUAAGAGAAUCUGAAGUCAUAAGUUCGUUUGUUCAAAAAGAAAUUCAGUUGAAGCAGGAGUUAAAAAGCAAAUCUUCUGAAUCACUUGGAGAGGUUGAAGCCGCAGUAGAAUCAGACGUAGUGUCAGUAGCAUCAGACGGAGAGGCAGUAACAUCUGACGAAGUAGCAGUAAUAUCAGAUAAAGUGGCAGUAGCAUCAGACGAAUCGGCAGUAACAUCAGACGAAGUGGCAGUAACAUCAGAUAAAGUGGCAGUAGCAUCAGACGAAGUGGCAGUAACAUCCGAUAAAGUGGCAGUAAUAUCAGACGAAGUCGCAGUAAAAUCAGAUACAGUUGCAGUAACAUCUGACGAAGUGACAGUAAUAUCAGACGAAGUGGCAGUAACAUCAGACAAAGUCGCAGUAGCAUCAGACGAAUCGGCAGUAACAUCUGACGAAGUGACAGUAAUAUCAGACGAAGUGACAGUAAUAUCAGACGAAGUGGCAGUAAUAUUAUCAGACGAAGAUCCUGUAACAUCGGACGAAAUUUUAGUAAUAUCAGAUUCAGACUAAUAGCGCUUAUAGUCCGGGUUCCCUAGAACAUUUUUUUAUUACUA